AUGGAUUUCCAGAAAUGUGUGGUUUUCCUAUACCUUUCUACUCUCAACCUGUUAUCAACAGCACAGCCUGCUCUCCAGUACAGAAAAUGCGGAGCAAGUGAAAAAAAUUACACACAAAACAGCACAUACCACACCAACCUUAACACAGCUCUUUCGUCCCUCUCGUCUAACCUCAACCAAUACGGAUUCUCCAAUGUUUCCCUGGGCGAUUCUCCCGACAGGGUGAGCGCCGUCGCGCUGUGCAGAGGUGACGUGGAGCCCGACAUAUGUCGUAGUUGCGUCGAGGAUGCACGUCGGAGGACGGUGCAUUCGUGUCCCAAUCAGAAGGAGGCUUUCGGAGGGUACGAUAAGUGCAUGAUCCAUUACUCCAACGUUUCCACCCUGGGUUCCUGGUCAAGGUUUCCUGAGAUAUACUUAGGGACAGCGUAUAAUUCCUCGAGCCCAGAACAGUUCAAUGAGGAUUUACAGAAAUUGCUGGGGAGUCUACUAGGCCGGGCUGCGAAUGGUUUCCCCUUACACAAGUUUGCGGCGGGGAGUACAUAUGGGCCGGAGUUUGAGACCAUAUAUGCGGCUGUGCAGUGCUCCCCUGACUUGUCUGCUCAAGCUUGCUCUGAUUGCUUGGUUUCUGCUUUUGCUGAUUUACCUAGAUGUGGCACAUGCAUUGGCAAGAAAGGGGCCGGAGUUAUAAGGCCUAGCUGCAAUUUUCUCUUUAAUACUGAACGUUUCUUCAAUUAUACUUUGAUUGGACCUCCACCACCCCCAGGGAAUGAUGCUCCACCACCAAAAUCAGGAAAAAAUGACAAUACAGUUCGAACUAUCAUCAUCAUCGUGGUCCCGAUUGUAACAAUUAUUAUUACUCUUACUCUAUGCAUUUGCAUUAUCUUUAAAAAAUGGCAAAAGAGGAAGCUGAUGAGCGACAUUGAAAUUAGUUCUGUGGAUGACAUUAGUACAGUGGAGUCCAUACAAUACAACUUUAGUGCUAUUCAAACUGCUACAAACGACUUCUCGGAUUCUAAUAAACUUGGACAAGGUGGAUUCGGUCCUGUUUACAAAGGUGAACUUCCAAAUGGACGACAAAUAGCCGUGAAAAGGCUUUCUGUUAAUUCAAGACAAGGUAAUUUAGAAUUUAAAAACGAGGUCCUUUUGGUAGCCAAACUUCAUCACAGAAAUUUGGUGAGGCUGCUUGGGUUUUGCUUGGAGGGAAGAGAAAAGCUGCUUAUAUAUGAAUUUGUUCCUAAUACUAGCCUUGAUCACUUUUUAUUUGACUUUGUCAAAAGAAAAUACUUGGAUUGGAAGACACGUUACAAGAUCAUUGGUGGCUUUUCUCGGGGACUUCUUUAUCUUCAUGAAGACUCUCGCCUUCGUAUUAUUCAUCGCGAUCUCAAAGCAGGCAAUGUUUUACUAGAUGCAAAAAUGAACCCAAAAAUCUCAGACUUCGGCCUGGCAAAAAUGUUUGACAUAGAUGAAAGCAAAGGCAAUACACGCAGAAUUGUGGAAACUUACGGAUACAUGGCGCCAGAGUAUGUAAUGCAUGUGCUAUGUGGCUCCGUCCCUGUGCAUGGUCAAUUUUCAGUUAAGUCUGAUGUUUUCAGUUUUGGAGUGUUAGUUCUGGAAAUUAUAAGUGGACAGAAGAAUGGCUAUUUCAAAAACAGAGAAUCUGCAGAAUACCUUCUAAGCUAUGCUUGGACACAGUGGCGGGAAGGGACAGCCAUGAAUCUGGUAGAUCCCAUCCUGAAAGGAAAAUCUGGUGCAGGUUCAUCAGUGGGUGAAAUGAUGAGGUGCAUACACUUGGCAUUGCUUUGUGUGCAAGAAAACGUUGGAGAUAGACCAACAAUGUCCACAGUUGUUCUCAUGCUUAGUGGUUUUUCUAUGAGUCUUCCAGUGCCAUCUGCACCAGCAUUCUUCAUUCACAGUACUCUCAGUCCUGAGGCUAUGCUGGAGCGUAAUGAAGCUGCAGCAGCUUAUUCAUCGCAAAAUGAGGCCUCCAUUACUGAGUUAUAUCCCAGAUAG